GGCGGAACCGCCGUCAGUGUGGACAGAAAGACGUAAUGGCACACAUUAAAGGCAAAUCACACCGGAAGCAAAUGUGUGCAAAUACACAGAUGAACCAGUGUUCCUCCCUAGCUCAUAAUUCUGGAAAGAGAAAUGUAAAAUCAAGUUCCAAGUUGAAGAAGUUGUCAUUCAUCCAUGAGGAAGCAGAUUCAGAAUUAUCCCAAACCAAUAAACUGGCUUCUGGUGCCCACAGGAAUUUGCAUUUUUUCCGAAUGAAAAGAACUGUACAGAGAAACACUUUGAAGACCAAAAAAGGGAUUGAGCCUUUUCAGAACAGAAGUCCUAGUCUUCAGCAGUGGAAGGAAUUUAACCAAUGUAAUUCCAAAAGUAGUACAACAUGUUCUGAGUACACUGAAACUACUUCAGAACUUUCUAUAACAACUGAAGUUUUGCCCUACUUCUUGCCUUCAUUGGAUUCGGAGCUGCUUGUGGACGACGACGAGUCUGCUAGAACAAAUAGCUGCUCUUCAGUAGAAUUAUUCCGAGAGGCAGAGGAGCAUACUGUAAUUCAGGAAGAUAUUUAUUGGUUACAUUGCAAAAAUUCUACUCUGCUGGACAGUAGUAAAGCAGCAAACAUUGAUGUGAUUGGUCAGCCUUCAGGUCUCUCUGAAAUUUUAGAGCAGACUGAAAAUCUUACAAGAGAAGGCAGCGUCAACAGAGACCAUGUGUCAGAUGGAGCUGAGGUGCAUGGGAAUUCUCGAGCUGUUUCAUUUACAGUUGCAGGUAAAACGGUCUCUAAAUUACAAGCAAGCAAGGAGAUCACUGUUGAACAGAGAGGUUUACACGCAAUUUCUCUCCCAGUAAAACAAAAAAAAAAGAUGAACGAAGAACCAUCAAGUAGGCAGGUAAUAAAAUGCAAGAAGAAAGUUAAUUUUGCAGAACCACUAAAGAUUGAAUAUGCAUCAGAAAUUUCUAGGAUAAAAGCACUAAAUACAGAGCUUCAUUUUCAACUAGAAAAACCAGUAUUGCAGCAGAUUGUAGAAGCCAACAAAAUUAGUGAGCCUAUACAGACAAGCACACCAGUUGAGACACUUAAACAAUCAGCAAGACUAAAACAACAAGAUGUAGUACCCAUUUGUAGCAUCAUCCUUGCUCCUGUGUGUUACCGACCAUCUAAAGUUUGGCAAUGUGAACAUAUGCAACCUUGGACAACAUUUGAAAAUGCACCUAUAGACAUUAUUAUUGAUUUGUCUAAAUGA